UUCAAGGAAGAAAAGUGAAAAUGUCCCUUUAUUCAUAUCUCAGUCCACAAUGUUUCAUGCUUUUUUGUUUAAUCUUCAUUUUCAGAAAUGCAGCGAGUGAUUAUCCUCCAUUGACACUGGAUUACUACAAGUCCACGUGCCCGACUGUGUUUGAGAUUGUCAGGAAAGAAAUGGAGUGUGCAGUGCUAUCUGAUCCGCGUAAUGCUGCCUUGGUGGUUAGGUUGCAUAUGCAUGACUGCUUUGUUCAGGGUUGCGAUGGGUCAGUUUUGCUUGAUGAUACAAUUGAUCUCCAAGGAGAGAAAAAGGCUUCAGAAAACAUUCACUCUCUCAAAGGUUUUAGACUCAUCGAUAGGAUCAAGAACAUGCUUGAAUCUGAGUGCCCUGGAAUUGUCUCCUGCGCUGAUAUCCUCACAAUUGCUGCAAGGGAUGCCGUGAUUCUAGUAAAUUAUGAAUUUUUUUUCCACUUUUCUUUUACAUUUUUGGUUUAGCUGUUAGGUGUAUCCUAACAAGUUUAUACAUGUAUAACCAUAGUAAGUUCAUUUCUCCAGUCCCAUCAAAUGGUUAAGGACAGGCUGUCUUUACCAGGAGUAGGGGAUUCGCUGAGGAUGUCCUGCUGUUUUUCUUAUUCUCCUGAUUCUCUUUGCAGGUUGGAGGACCUUAUUGGGACGUUCCUCUGGGAAGAAAAGAUUCAAGAACUGCGAGCUUGGAGCUGGCAAACUCAAAUCUUCCAGAUGCAAAUGAGGGUCUGCUUAGUAUUCUAUCCAAAUUUAUUUAUCAGGGCCUCUCUGUCACAGAUACAGUAGCUCUUCUUGGUUCACACACCAUAGGCAUGGCACGAUGCGUGAAUUUCAGACCAAGGAUUUAUGGAGACUUUGAAGCAACUUCAGAUAAAACUCCAAUUUCUGAGGCAUAUCUCAGCAACUUAAAAUCAAUCUGCCCAACAGUGGGAGGAGACAAAAACAUAACCGCAAUGGACAAUGUCACUCCAAAUCUUUUCGACAACUCUUUCUAUUUGACAUUAGUAAGAGGGGAAGGAUUGCUGAAUUCAGAUCAAGAAAUGUACUCCAGUGUUUUUGGGAUUGAAACAAGGAAGCUUGUGAACAAGUUUGCUGAAGACCCUAUUGCUUUCUUCCAGCAGUUCUCUGAGUCCAUGGUGAAAAUGGGGAAUAUUACGAAUUCAGAUAGCUUUGUCACUGGAGAAGUAAGAAGGAAUUGCAGAUUUGUGAACACCUGAGAUAUCAAGUAUAUUUGUUUUUUGUAUAAAGAAAUGAAUAUGUCACGGUUUCUUGUUCUUCUGCAUUGCAGCUGCUGAAUGCUAAAAUAUGAAACCAUAGUGAAGGGCUGAAUUAGAGCUCCAUUAAAAUGCUUUUCUUAUCAACUCUCACCAAACUCUGGUGAGUAUAUUGCCAAAAUGAAAAUCCCACAGGUUU